CUUUCCAGCAUAUGGCAUGUUGUCUGGUUGGGGUACGCAUGGCAAAAUGGGUUGUCCGCAUUGCAUGGGAAACAACAAAGGGUUCACGUUGGAUAAAGGUGGGAAAAGCUCGUGGUUUGACUGUCACCGAAGAUUCCUACCACGAAAUCACUCCUAUAGAAGAAACAUGACAAACUUUAAAAAAGAUGUACGAGUGAAAGAUUCGCCUCCGCCUCGAUUGUCACCAUGGGCUAUAUGGGAACAAGUUAGUGAGCUACCAAAAUUUACAGAUACUGGCAAAGAAUGCCGAAUUGAAGGAUACGGAGUCACGCACAAUUGGACAAAAAGAAGUAUAUUUUGGGACCUCCCGUAUUGGAAGGAUAACUUGUUGCGCCAUAAUCUAGAUGUUAUGCAUAUUGAGAAGAAUUUUUUUGAUAAUGUAUUUAACACAGUGAUGGAUGUGAAAGGCAAAACAAAAGAUAAUGAAAAGGCCAGACAAGACAUGGAAAAAUGGUGUAACAGAAGAGAGUUGGAGUUGAAGCCUCUACCGAAUGGAAAGUUAUUAAAACCCAAGGCUUGUUUCACUUUGACUUCCCAAGAAGCUAAAGCUGUUUGUCGAUGGCUAAAAGAUUUGAGAAUGCCCGAUGGGUAUUCAUCAAAUUUAUCAAGGUGUGCUGACCCUAACACUGGGAAGUUGCAUGGAAUGAAAAGUCACGAUUGUCACAUUUUCAUGGAACAAUUGUUACCAAUUGCAUUUGGCUCGCUACCCAAACAUGUUCUUGAUCCACUGACUGAAAUUAGUCAGUUUUUUAGAGAUAUUUGUGCGUCAGCUUUAAAAGUGGAAGACAUCAUGAAGUUGGACCAAAACAUUGCAAUCAUUCUUUGUAAGUUGGAACAAGUAUUUCCGCCUGGUUUCUUCGACUCAAUGGAACAUUUACCUGUGCAUCUUGCAUAUGAAGCCUUUCUUGGUGGACCAGUUCAAUAUAGGUGGAUGUAUCCGUUUGAAAGGUUCAUGGGUGAUUCAAAGCGAUCAGUGAAGAAUAAAGCAAGAGUUGAAGGUUCUAUAUGUGCACAUUACCUGCAUCGAGAAACAUCACAUUUUUGCAGUCAUUAUUUCAAUCACUUGAUGUUAACUCCUAGAACCAUACGGAAUCCGGUAAAUGUCAACCAGAGGAGUCAAUUCACCUUAUCAGUAUUCGGUCUUCCAGGUCGACCUUCUGGAAAGAAGAGUGUGCAUUGGUUGACCCAGAAAGAAAUGCAAUCCGCACAUGUCCAUGUCUUGAUCAACUGCGUCGAAGUUAAACAAUACCUUGAGGAAUUUAACAAUGCCUAUUUUCAUAGUACCGGUGUACAAUCAACAUCCGGCGUCAUUCAUGCUGAAUUUCCCUUAUGGUUCAAGCAAAGAUUGUCUACCGUGUUUCCACCAACUCCAGAAAUACUCCAUUUGUGAAACUUGGCAGAAGGCCCUAUCCAAAGCGCAAAUGAAUGGCACACAUACUUCGUGAACGGAUAUAAGUUUCACACUGAGGCAUGGACCGAAGGGAAAAAAACCAUAAACAGUGGUGUAUUUGUAAAAGGAGUUACAGAUGGUGGUGAAGAUGACUUUUAUGGAGUUAUUAAACAUAUCUACGAGUUGGUAUACCAUUACAUGGAUUCAGAAAAUAAAGUUGUCUUGUUUUAUUGUGAAUGAUAUGAUCCAAGUAGAGGCACAAAAAUAGACAGGUCAUACGGUACUGUUGAGAUUCAAAUGAACCGGAAAUACAAAGAGUAUGAUCCUUUCAUAAUGUCAAAUAUUGUUAGGCAAGUUUAUUAUGUACCUUAUCCUUCAUUUGUGACACGUAAAAGAGGAUGGUGUGUUGCAAUAAAAACAAAACCGCAAGGUCAUAUUGAAAAUGGCGAUCAAGUAGAAGAUGUUGCCUAUCAAGUUGAUGAUGUUGAUCAAAUUAAUGAAGUGGUUGCAGCUGAAGACAUUACAAGUUUGUCUGAUACAAUUGUUGAGGGACAUCAAGUUGAUGCAUCUAUAUUGUUGGUUGAAAAUAAUGUGGAUGAAGAGAAUGAUGAAGAGUUUGAAUCCGAUGACAACAAUGAAGAGAAUGACGAAGAGAACGACGAAGAGAACGACGAAGAUAAUGAUGAAGAGAAUGAUGAAGAGAAUGAUGAAGAGAAUGAUGUGGAUAGCGAAG